UAGUUCUUCAUGCUCCCUUCCGUACCUCUCUCAUCUUGGUGGCAUGCUUUUGGUCGAACUAAAAGGCUAGGAUAAAUAGUUGAGGCGAUCUCCUCCGGCCACCGACGGGCCAAGUCUAACUUGAACGAGCAAAGCCAUUCAAUCCCGACGGGAGCAGUCGGAUCCCAAUCACGCGUCUUCACCUUUUAAUGUAUACCUAUCUAGCACUGCAUGCAUAUCACGAAUCGCUGCUACCUCUAGCCAAUUAUAAGUGAUCUUAAAGACUCCGAAUCAUUGUCACCUUUUACUACUUACCUACCUAGAUACCUAAUAUAUUCCGAUCAUGGUGGCGGGGGAUCAAGAUGAGGGUCCGGAGUCUGUCUCCGGGGUUGCUUCCCAGACCCUACCCCCAAUUCGGGCGUGUCUAUUUGACAUGGACGGCCUCCUUAUCAACACCGAGGAUCUGUACACGCUCUGCGCCGACAUAGUCCUCACCAAAUACGGACGCCCUCGUCUCCCCUGGUCCAUUAAAUCCCAGCUCAUGGGCGUUCCCGGUUCAUCCCAUGGCGAAACCUUCCAUAGCUGGGCCCAGCUGCCCAUCUCUCGGGAACAAUUCAAGGAGGAGCAAGCCGAGCAGCACCAGAUCCACUUCCCCGAGUGCAAACCCCUCCCCGGGGUGGAGAAGCUCCUCAAGCAUCUCAGAAGCGCGAAGACUACGCAGGGGCUACAGGUCGAGAUUGCCCUCGCGACCAGCAGCCACAGAGCGAACUACGAGCUGAAAACCUCACGGCCGGAAACGAAAGCCGUGUUGGAUCUUAUCCCGGAGGAACAUCGGGUCCUAGGUGACGAUCCGAGGGUUCAGCGCGGCAAGCCCGCUCCUGAUAUCUACCUGCUUGCUCUCCAACUGAUUAACUCGUCCCUACCUGAGGGAGUCCCUAAGAUCACGCCUAAGGAGUGCUUGGUCUUUGAGGAUAGCGUUCUAGGCGUCGAGGCAGGCCGAAGAGCAGGCAUGAGGGCUGUAUGGGUUCCUCACGCUGGCCUCGCCGCCGAGUACAAGGGAAAAGAGAAAGAGGUGCUUGCUGGGAGAACGGCGUUGUUUCCGAUUGGCAAUGACGAGCAGCUAGGUGCAAUCGACGACGGCUGGGCCGAGCAACUUGUCAGCUUAGAGGAUUUCCCUUAUGAUAAGUUCGGUAUCGUUUUGGUCUAGGGGAACGAAUCGCUCGUCCAUGGGAAGUGGAUGAUGCUAUACCCUGUUCACGACUGGGCGGUUUGCAUUGGUCUUUCAAUACCUAAGAAAUGUUCCGCCGGUCUCCGCUGGGAAAAUGCUAGAUGGCAAUAGACUAGAUGAUACUAUCCCCCGAGAUUAUAGAUAUUAUAGAUAUCAAAAUAUGAUUUUUGUCUUCUUUACUCUCUUUCUUCC